CUCACUCACACACAGCCGGUUGUUUUACACCUCUGUUGCACCUCCAGUCCGCUCCUGUGACACACUUUUGUUUACUACGACUUGAAAUGUGACUCUCACCAACACUGGCUUUUCUGCUGCUCUUUGACAAGCGAAGGGAUUCUUUUUAACGCGCACGCUUACAAGGUGUGUUCGGCAAUUUGGAGACAAGCUGUGGAGAGCACCGUUCUGCCAUGAUAGUGGAUUUGUUUGCGCUCCUUGGCGUGCUGGUCUUCACUUGCUCAGGCAUGGAAGAAACCGUGAUGGACACUCGAGUGGCCACAGCUGAACUGGGCUGGACGGCAUAUCCUAACUCUGGGUGGGAGGAGGUCAGUGGCUAUGACGAGAACCUCAACACCAUCAGGACGUACCAGGUGUGCAACGUCUUCGAGCCCAGUCAAAACAACUGGCUCCUCACCACUUUCAUUGAUCGGCGUGGGGCGCAGCGAAUCUACGUGGAGAUCCGCUUCACGGUCCGCGACUGCAGCUCCAUCCCCAACGUGCCGGGCUCCUGCAAGGAGACCUUUAACCUCUACUACUACGAAAGCGAUGCGGUCAUCGCCACUAAAGGCACCGCUUUCUGGAUGGAGGCGCCGUACCUCAAGGUAGACACCAUAGCUGCCGAUGAGAGCUUCUCGCAGGUGGACUUCGGAGGACGCCUCAUGAAGGUCAACACGGAGGUCCGCAGCUUUGGGCCGCUUUCUAAAAAUGGCUUCUACUUGGCCUUCCAGGACUACGGUGCCUGCAUGUCUUUGCUGUCAGUCAGGGUGUUUUAUAAGAAGUGCCCGAGCGUGGUUCAGAACUUUGCGAUUUUUCCAGAGACAAUGACAGGUGCUGAAAGCACUUCCCUUGUUAUUUCAAGGGGGAUUUGCAUUUCGAACUCGGAGGAAGUGGACGUUCCAAUAAAGCUGUACUGUAAUGGAGAUGGGGAAUGGAUGGUUCCAAUUGGCAGCUGCACGUGCAAGGCAGGCUUUGAACCAGACAAUGGCAACGUGUGUCGAGCAUGCCCGCCUGGUACCUUCAAGUCGACUCAGGGUCCUGGUCUUUGUCUUCAGUGUCCUCCGAACAGCCGCUCAACUGCUGAGGCUGCCACCGUCUGUGUCUGUCGCAAUGGAUACUAUCGCGGCGAUGCGGAUCAGCCGGACGAACCCUGCACCAGUGUCCCUUCCAGCCCACGGAAUGUCAUUUCCAUUGUGAAUGAGACCUCUGUGAUACUGGAGUGGCAUUCUCCCAGGGAGACGGGCGGCCGGGACGAUGUCGUUUACAACAUCCUGUGCAAAAAAUGUCAGGCCAACCGCCUUGCCUGCUCCCACUGCGACGACAAUGUGGAAUUUGUCCCUCGUCAGCUGGGUCUGACUGAGACCAGGGUGUUCAUCAGCAACCUUUUGGCGCACACUCUCUACAGCUUUGAGAUACAGGCUGUCAACGGCGUCAGCAAUAAAAGCCCCUAUCCGUCACAGCACGUGUCCAUAGACAUCACCACCAACCAGGCUGCUCCUUCCAUUGUUCCCAUCAUGCACCAGAUCAGCUCCACCAUGAAUAGCUUCACACUGUCAUGGCCGCAACCAGAACAGCCCAAUGGUAUCAUAUUGGAUUAUGAGCUCCGUUACCACGAAAAGGACCAUGCAGAGAUUAACUCCACCAUUCUGCGGAGCCAAACUAACACCGCACGCGUGGACGGCCUGCGCUCAGGCACAGUGUACGUGGUGCAGGUGCGGGCGCGGACUGUGGCUGGUUUUGGCAAAUACAGCAGCAAGAUGUGCUUCCAAACACUCACAGAUGAUGACUUCAAAUCGGAGCUGAGGGAACAACUUCCUCUUAUUGCAGGGUCAGCGGCGGCAGGAGUGGUCUUCAUUGUUUCUCUUGUGGCUAUCUCCAUUGUGUGCAGCAGGAAAAGGGCCUACACUAAAGAGGCCGUCUACAGUGACAAGCUGCAGCAUUAUAGCACAGGAAGAGAACUCUCUUUGCGAGCCGACAUGUCUAACUGCCCCUCCCCACUGGGCUGCCCGACCCACUUCUCAGGCUCCCCCGGGAUGAAGAUCUACAUCGACCCCUUUACAUAUGAGGACCCCAAUGAAGCCGUGCACGAGUUUGCCAAGGAGAUUGAUGUCUCCACUGUUAAAAUCGAGGAGGUCAUCGGUGCAGGUGAGUUUGGGGAGGUAUACAAGGGCCGCCUGAAGCUGCCCAGUAAGAGGGAGAUCUUUGUCGCCAUCAAAACACUGAAGGCCGGCUACGUCGAGAAGCAGAGACGUGACUUCCUGUCCGAGGCGUCCAUCAUGGGUCAGUUUGACCAUCCCAACAUCAUCCGCCUGGAGGGAGUGGUUACCAAAAGCCGUCCUGUCAUGAUUGUCACAGAGUUUAUGGAGAACGGAGCCCUCGACUCGUUCCUAAGGCAAAACGAUGGUCAGUUCACAGUGAUCCAGUUGGUGGGAAUGAUGCGCGGGAUCUCGGCCGGCAUGAAAUAUCUCUCUGAGAUGAACUACGUGCACCGAGACUUGGCCGCACGCAACAUCCUGGUGAACAGCAACCUGGUGUGUAAAGUGUCGGAUUUCGGCCUGUCGCGCUACCUGCAGGAGGACACCUCUGAUCCCAGCUACACCAGUUCUUUGUCAUGGGCUGCAGUUCUGCUCCUGUCACAUCUUCAUUAGUGAGGAGACAAGGCUCCUAUGGGAAGGCUGCUCUCUCGUUGACAUGCCCAGAGUGCACAGAAACCAAAGGGCGCGGCGCCCUCUCCAACUGACAGCUCCCAUCGCUUCCGCCUGCCUGCCUCCCUCCCUCCUUAUCUUUCACUCAUCAUUCAUUAUUUCUGGGGCAUCAUGGGAGGCUUUGGCUCCUCAUUAGCUCCUCCACACUGCAGAUCUGUAAUUAUUAGCAGCCAUCGUUAGUUCAUCGCUUGACUCUCCUCUUCCUAAUUCAAAAACACACUCAUGAACAUGCAACACGCGUCAUUAGGACUCCCAGCACGUCUGAAUUUGCUUAAAUAUGAGGGAGUUUGUGUGUAUUUAUUUGGACAUUCAUCAAGUAUUUAGUCUGCCUUGAUAUUUUAGCGCAAACAAGCUUGUUUGGUUCAUCUAUCAGGUGACUCUGUGCAGCUAUACACUGAGACAGACUUUAUUCGUCAUUCAGAUUUACAUCGCCGAUGCAUAUCAAAAUGAGAUUUUGCUGCAUCUCUCCAGGACCCUGCUCUGUGUGGGUGACAGGAGGAAACACUGUGAAGUGCUUAUGGAAAAGUUGCUUGGCGUUACCUGUUUGUUUGUAUGAAUACAUCUCGAUAACUCUCUAGACCCCUAAUGGAAGAUGGAAAAAACUACUUUUUGUAUUCGGGUUAAUAUGGCGGGCGUCUUCUUAUACUGAGCCUGAGCAGCUUUGUAAAUGACCCCGCACUCAUGUAAUUCCUGGACGUGUACUGACCAGGUGCCCGAAUACUUUUGUCCAUAUAGUAUUCGCCAGACGUGUGGACUCGAGUUACGUGACUUGGACUUCAGUCAAACUCGAGGCACAAUUUUGAUGACUUUGCAUCGACUUGACAACAUCAUCAACGGCUUGCAACUCAACUUGGACUUUGACAUAAAUUGACUUGGGACUUGACUCGGACUUUAGUCUUAUGACUCAAACAUACUUUAAAAUCAUUUUCAGUACAUGUGUUGAGCAAAAUGUGUCCCCAUUCAAAGUAUUCAACUAACGUGAUCGGUAAGGACUGGAAUAUUUCAAGCCUAUGACUUCGGAAUUGACUCGGCCUGUCUUGUUGUGACUUGAGACAUGACUCGAGACUUGAGACUUGCGAAACACUGAUUAGCGCCCACCUGUGGUAUUCACUUAGCCCACGUGUGUCAAACUCGCGCCCUGGAGGGCCGAGACGUUGCAGGUUUUCUCUCCAACCAGUUUCUUCAGCAGGUGAUUUAUUUGAUGAGCUCCUUCCCUCAAACUGAAGGUGUUGAUCAUUAAAAUCACCUGCUUUAGUGACUGGCUGGAAAGAAAACCUGCAGUGUAUCGGCCCUCCAUGGCACGAGUGUGACACCCCUGACUUAGCCCUUUAAUUGCCCUCAAUGUGUUUUUUUAUAUUGGUGCAAUAUAGUAAUAUUUAAGUAUUUCAUAAUUCAUUCAGCCCCAAAUGACUUACGCAUGUUUACGUCGCAUGCAAGCAACGUAAAAAGGCCAAUUAUAGUGUGGUGUAUCAUUCCAAUGCCUUUGCAGACCACAUGGCAUGCACCAUAUACAAUACUGUAUAUUCCACUAUACUGUAACUUUUUAACUUUAGUUCACUGAGUCUUAUCAUGCAUUUCACCGCCCUCACCAGUUUCUAAGAAUGUUUUACCUUUUACCUCAAACUGCCUCAGGGACAGGUGAUGCAAAUGAUGCAUUCUUUACGCUCUGAUUAUACCGCAUAUUGGUAGUUCUGUGGUAAUUCUGUAUAUAUUAUGAAAGGACAUGAAUAUUAAUACCUUGUGCAAUGAAAGGGGACCUAUUUUAGGACUUCUCUGUGAUGUAUUUUGACACAUGCAAAAGCACAGAUCAAAAGCAUGCAGGUAAUAGCCUGUGAGUCAGUGCCUGCAGGUACAAAAAGAGAGUUCUUAAAAUAAAGUUAGUAUUUAAAUAAAGGUGAAGACACAGAUAAAUUAUACAGAAGUGUGUGUUUCAUGUCCAGGUAGAAACUACUUUGUUAUUUCUCCAUAGUGCCUUUAAUAUGUGUUUUAAAGACAACAAUAUGCCAGUGUAAUGUAAUGUCAUUUCAAUAAGUGCUUUUUUUUAGACUUCACAUUGCGCUGUGAUGAAAGUUCAUUAGGACUCACUCGGAUCUUCCCUCUAAUGCAGGGGUGUCUGAACUUUUUUCACCAAACAAACAGUAUAUGUCAAGAGAUGCUAGCUAAGCAGAUAAAUAUACAUUUUUCUCAAUUAUUUUUUCAUGUAAAAUUGUAAUGAAUUAAGACAUUUCCUGAUGAUUAAAAAAUACUAUUCUAUACUAUCAUUUUAAAUAUUUUUCAUUAUUAUGUAUUUAAUUUGUUUGUUUGUUUGUUUUUUGGACAAAGUCACCUCAGUUUUUGUAUGCACUGGUUUUUGUGAUUGGCAAAAAUAACAAAUACAUAACAUAAUAAUAAAUAAAUACAAAUGUCACGGUUUUUGGACACUGUCUCGGUUAUCAUAUGGCCAAACAGUGCCCAAACAAAGCAUCCACACGUCGGUCACUCCGUCUCAGUUAGGACACUAUAGACCAUGCAUCCAUCCAUCCAUCCAUCCAUCCAUCCAUCGUCUAUGCCGCUUAUCCUUACUUGGGUUGCCGGGGUGUGCUGGAACCUAUGCCAGCUGAGUUAGGGCGAGAAGCAGGGUACACUCUGGACCGUACUGGUCGCCAGUCAAUCGCAGGGCACAUAUAGACAAGCAACCACUUUGGGCCAGUGGUUCUCAAUUAUUUUUCUGUCAUGAGCCCCAUGGGGGAGGAAUUACUUCUUUUUUUUUAUAUGAAUCGAUAAUAUGAUUGAGAACCUCAUAAUAUGUAUUUAUUUAUCUGUACAAACCACUGUAUGACUUGCUGGUGCCAGCAGUCUGCGUACAAUCACCUGAUCAUACGCUAUGCAGGCAAGUCUUCUAUAAUAGUGAUGUGAAAUGUUCAUUUAUACAUUUUACUAGUCAUUUAUAUGUAUUUAACUUUGUUGUCUGCAUUUAAACUGUAAUUAUUCUCUUAUUCUUUUGUUCAUAUGUCUGAGUGUCUGGAACGGAUUAAAUGGGGGUAAAUGAUUUCCCAUGGAAACCGUUGUAUGUUUUGUUUUUUGGACUUUUUGGGACGUAUUAGUAUCAACAACCAAGGUUCUAAUGAGUUUUGAGUCAUUUAAAGGCAAUUAUAAUUGUAGAUGACGGACAUUUUUAAAACUGUUUUAUUUGCUUGUUGUUUAUUAAUAACAUUUUAAUUGUUUUCGUUUCAGUGUGGCCUAAUUACCUUUUGUAAUAUUGCAAUGCAGAUCAUUUUCGGUGUUUUUUCAACAUCCCGCAGGCCAAAAAAAAAAUGAGCAGCGCAAAUAGCCUCACAGCGGGACUUUGGACACCACCGCCCUAAUGUAUUUAAGGUGAACAUGCAAACACGCUCAAGGAGACAUUUGCGCAUUAAACACAAGGUGCUGCACUGUAAUUAGGCUAUCCACGGUCCCCUUCCCUGAGUGAGCUCCUCAGCUAUGACCUGUCGCAAACCAAUCAGCAAGCCGGGCUGGUGCAGCGGGACAAGGCCGAGAGAAUCCAGGAAAUUAAAUUGCGCUAACAUGCCGUGAUUUACAUUGGCAUCGACCUCCUUCCAACCCCCGGCAAAUUAAUCACCUCAUUCCUCGCUACUGCUUUUCUAAUGUUUCUAUAUGCAGUUGUUGGCACAGCAGUUUACCGUGCCUGUGGUGUGUGUGUGGUGCACAUCAUGGUCGGGACUGAAGACCUGCUGGUGUUAAAUGUGGACAUGGGCUCACUCUGCAGGAUGCUCACAAAGGUGGGAAUUAAUGUGGCUGAUCAAAUAAUGCUUGGACUACACUAGUUUGGCUGAAGUCAUUUGUUUAAGGUCAUGUGAAAUCGUGCGCCACAAUAUGCCGCAUUAUGAAGUGGAUAUGUGUGCGGCUUAUACACCAGUGCGGCUUAUGUGAGAACAAAUCUGGUUUUUCCUCUAAAUUUCAUAGGUGCGGCUUAUACACCGGAAAUUACAGUAAACGUUGAGUUCCUUUCUUGGUUGCUUGGUUUGAAGCACACUUCCUUAGCAAUGUAGAUACUCAGUAGAUUUGCCCUAAGAAAAUAAUAGAAAUAAUCAUCACAUAACAUUUUAUGUUUUAAAGUCAUAUUUCAACAUUCUUCUUACACAAGUGUAAACGUAAGUUAAUCACUGUUAUUGUGAAGGUGAGGUUACAUCACAAAUGUGUCUCACCCAGCUUACUCUUUCUGUGAUAUACUGUAAGUGUAAAAAGAAGUUAACCACUGUUAACAUUAAGACGUUAAAAAAAAAACAAUAACACAAACAACUACUAACUUGAAAGAUGACGUUAGCUGAAGGUGUUUCGUGGCAAAGAUGCGCCGCGGGCAUCUCACUUUUUAUACGUGAGUUAUCACACAAGUGUAAAAAGAAGUUAACCCCCGUUAACAUUGAUGCUUUAAAAGAAUAAUCAUUUAAAGGCGAUACACAUCGCAAAUAAGCGUCACGUGUUUUAUUUUUAAACAUUCUUAAUUGUCACACGAGUGUAGAAAGAAGUUAGCAUUUAAUGUUAUUCAUUUUGAAAUAGUAAGACAAACAACUUGUGUGACAGCAGUGUAAUUUGAAGGGGAUUUACAUCCCAAAUUUGCCAAAACCAUCUUAAAAUAUUUAUUGUCACACAAGUGUCAAAAGUAGUUAACCAGUGUUCCUACGAAGACAAUAAUAACGCUAACAAACGCUAACUCGGGGGUUACGUUCCAAGAACCCCCAACCCCAACCCCUCCACACGAAUGCCGAAAAACUGCAAACUGGCUGCCAAAACUGCCUCUCACAGUUAUUAACAGUUUUGAAACGCAUUUUAACCUCAGUUUUACACAUGAAGACACGAUUGCAACCAUACUGUAUAAAGGAUUGUGCUUACAAAACCUGCUGGAUGCAUAGUUGCAGCACUCUUUUUCCCCCCUGCAGAUAGUGCCAUCAGAGCACACCACUAUCGAGUUGAGUUACCAUUUUUAAAGAAAUAAAUCAUUACAAUUUACAGCGGAGGAAUUAAAUUUGCGACUGCCAAACCGGGAACAGGCAGGGAUCUACUCUAAUUCAAAGGUGGAUUACGCCUCACUUUUUACAUUGUUAAUUGUCACACAAGUGUACAAACAACUUAACCACUUUUAAUAUUAAGACGUAAAAACGAUAUCACUAUCAAGCACUAAGUUGAAUGACAGAGGUGUAAUUCAAAAGUGACGCCCGGCUUAUGAUGACCCCGCUUACAUUCUUCUUCCUCUUGUUGAGGCUGGCCCUCCUUUUGCAAUAACUGCUGCCGAAAAGACCAAGAGAAAGCUGAAUUCACACCCAGAUGUUUUCUGAACUAAGGUGGGCAACGUAUUAUAUUGGUGGUGCUGGUGAUAAUGUUGCUUACAAGACUGGAGGCACAUUCCUUAUGGAAGAUCAUAUGGAUACGUGGUCGUCUGUAUGACCUGUACAUUCCAUCCCCUCCAGGUGUUUUUUUCCCCUGUUAGUGUGCCAGUAUGUGUAUUUGUGUCAUUGAGGCUGAGAGAGGUUGAAAGGCGAGGUCGCACAGAGCCUGCAACAAAGCUCAUCCGUCAAAUCCCCGCUCGACCCGAUCGACAUUCUCUCCGCUGCGCUCCACUGCUUUCACGAUGUGAAAUGUGCUGCUGUUUGCUGUCACUUGGCUGCUUGCUAUUUGCAUCAUUUCUCCCUCUCUCUUGGCUCUGGGUUCCAUGCUGGCUUGUUGAUUUUUUUCUCCUUGCUUAUUAUUUAGGCAGUGCAAGUUAGUGUCCAUGUGACAAGUCAUUUUUGGGUAUCAAUAUGCAAGGUUUAGGCUCAUAACGACAUCAUAAACUAUGUAAAUCAUUAUUGAACAGUUGGACAUGAAUUAAUCUGAUAAGAAACCUAACGAAGUUGUCCUGCUGUUUAUUUAUGUUUUUAUUUUGCGGUUAAAGGUAAAAAAAAUUAUUAUUCCCUUUCUUGUCAGUCACACUCACGCUAAAAUUUGACAAGCCCAGACUCUCCGCAGGCUAUUCCUCCAGUUCAAAAGCUGCCUUUGUUUACACAUGUCGAUGAGGUUAAAAGUAUGCCGUGCGCCAGUGCAACAUAAAUUCAGCGUUAAGUGUCUCCAGCAGGCGUUGCAUGGCCUGAUUAUAAUCAUGUAUUCAAAUCCAAUGGCUUCGCUGUCAUUCCCGUCUGCUGUUAGCACGGGCCGACUCGAAACUACGGCAUUUGUGACCACCAUGGAUGCCAACAUUCAUCUGCCAGUUUAAACGACUGAGCCGAGCACAUGUGGAGAGACGCCCUCCCCCACUCCCAUCCCAACCCCCUAUUACUCCACCACACGCUCCUCAUGAUAAGCAUGACUCACCAGCGCAGUGGCUGAACGUGAUGUGAAUCUGGCCUUUCCACCGCGGUAGACGCUUGAAAGCGCUGCUUCUGGAAACUGAAUUCCUGAAACACAGUAAGAAGUAUUCCGAUCGUGCUUUGGAUUGGAGUUGUCCUGUUUGAUUGCAUUUUGAUUGUUGCGUUGAAUAUGGUUGGUCAGUGGAUAGUUGUACACAAAUGUACAGUGAAGCUAAGUGAAACAAAAAUAAAAGAAAACGUCUCACCUCUUGAAGAUGCCUGGCUGACACGUAACGGACUUUGCAGAGUCAUGUUGUCACCUGGUGGUCUUUUAUAGCUACUGCUGCAAUUAACUGUAUUUAUGCUCUGUAAAGUUCAUGUGUGUAAAUAAUUGGUUCUUUAUUAAUUGAGUUGUUCGUGUUGUGCUGAGCUGUUGCUCUUUUUACUUUUUACACCAUUCAAAAAUGUAAAAACUUCCUGACCAGGCUCUGUGUUAAAUGCUCUUUUUUGUCAUUAUUCAUUCCUGCCUAGUAACUACCACCGUAAAAACAUACAAGGGAAAAAAAUCAGGUCCAUUAAGACUGUGCUCCAGUUUGAUCAAACUAAUUUAUGGGAGUGUAAUCGCCUAUUUUCCACAGGCUGUAAAUGAAUUAUAAGGCCAAGGUCAUUCUGAUAUUAGCACGGAAUAAAUGAAAUAAGGCUGGGUAGCUUACAUUCGGGGGUUAAGGCUGUCCUCGACUAAACAAAGAUCAGUGCUAUGGCGAUCCCGACAAAUAAACGGAUGCCAUGUGCGACUUUUUCCACCUCAAAGAAACAGGCUAAAACACUCAGAUAAACAAAUAAGCACGGUCGGUGUGCGGCAACAGCGCCUUAAUGUAUGAGUGACACGGAACGAAACUGAAACACAGUCACUGUCGGCACACAUGAGAAAAGCGUACAUGAAAUAGGAACAACAUGGCUUGAAAAACAACAACUCGCCAAAACUCUGAGUUAGCAGCCUCAUUUUUUGCACUUCCGGGAUGUAACAUGAAGUUGGCGUAAGAGCCUUGCCUGUUUUAAAUGAUAUGCUGUUGGUUGUUGCACUUUUCAAAAUACUUACACACUUGGGAUGAUUUUUUUUGGUUGCCAAUAUGAGCCAAUAAAUCCGUUGAUGUUGACUUUCUUGGUAGCAUUCAAAGCUAGCGCUCCUUUGCAUUGUACCACUUAAAGAGGGUGAUUUUUAUUAGUACGUGGUAAGUAUAGGUCAUAUGUCAUUUGGAAUUCUUUAUUAACUCAAAUUAGGCUGUUUUUCUUAAUCAAAAUAGGCUAUUUAUAACAAAGCAAAGACAUUCUUUGUAAAAAUGUGUGCCACCCCCAUGUAGUCAGCGAAUGGUGCAAUCUUGACGCAUGGCAUUUUUAUAUGAUUCGACGGCGAGAUAGAUAGUCAGAUCCGACUCCUACGAAUUGAAUCGUAAAAUAGUCGACUAUUCUAAGACACUAUUCUAAGGUUGUCGCUCUUGAUGAUGAUGAUGCUCCAGUUGAAGUCGACGGAGACGAACAUCCAGUUCGUGCUUACACUUAAACACUGAAAAGUCCAUAAUAGAAUGCCCAUAAAGCCGUGCAAUUUCAAGUUCAACCAAAGAUUUCUGGACAAAAAUACAUUAUUAAACCAAAUAUGAGACGGCCCUGUUGACGGCUGAAUGAUGUCAUUGUCUAAUUUGCGUAAUUUGGCCAUGAUGCAAAAGUCCAGCCAGAGUGGAGAUUUUCAAAACCUCUGACUGAGUGUUUAUUCGUUCCUGGGUAAAACUGAGCUUUUAGGUUUAUGUCAUCGGAAAUGUGCGACAUUAUCAAUGUUUUUCAACCUUAUUGAACAACAGAACAUGAAGUUGUUGAUUUACGGGUGUUGGUUUCAUCUCGUGCAGCGGUAUGCGCGUGUGCGUCCCUUGUAAGUUGUAAGAGGCGAUUAAAAUAACUAGGGCUGUCAAAAUGAACUCGCAGAUUAAUCCAUUAUCAUUAUUAAUCUAAAUCUAAAAAAUGUAACGCAAUUUAACACAUGUACAGAAUGAUUCAAAAUCCCUUGCACCUGUUUACGACCUUCUAAAUAUGUUUUUUAAAUUUUACUAGAGCCCUCUAGACACUAACUAACACCCCUAUAGUCACCUUUACACUCAUAUUGCCCAAUAUAGUAGACAUAAGCGAAAAUAAUCCAUUCAAUAUCAAAUAAGACUCGUGCUCAUGUGUGUUGCUGUAAAUGUGUUCAUUGGGGGAGCGGAGUGGCAGGCGGACAGGAAGUCACGUCAGGGGUGAGAAUUCAGUUUUAGGUUGCCGUGGGUUAUGGCCGCAACAGUAGCCCAUGUUUUUAUUAGGAAUUGUUGUGCCAGUUGUGAGAUAAUUCAAACCUGCAAUAAACGCCUGUUGUUUUGGCGAUACAGCCAGGUGUGUGUGUGUUUGUGUAUGUGUGUUUCACCGAACAUUACUGACACCGAGUGACCAGUGGAGAAUACUACAUAUCAUUCACAGUGUCUUGAGUGCGUCUUCUGAAUGCCUUAUAUUUGCAUUUUAGUUAAUUUUGCCAUUUUUAUGCUUAAAAAUGCUUAAUUUAGGCAAAAAAUAAGAUUUGUUUCAAUAUGCAUAUUUUUUUUUACUAAUAGUGGGAUGUAUUUAACCAGAAAACAGCAUGAUUUAUAUAUUUUUAUAUAUAAAAAAUAUAUUUUUGAAAAACAGCAAUGGAGUGAAGCUGCGAAAUUGGAAGUGCAAAGGGACGAGGGACGAUUGUAUAUGCUAUUCAUUUGGUUUGAUGAACACAAACAGCAGAUUCCAAUGUGUUUUGUAAAAGUAAAUGUAAAUAGUGUGGCACCUUGGCCUCAACCAAUUGACGUAUAACGUCUAGAAGCACAAGCCUUUUGUAACCACUUUCAAACUAUACUGUAUAGAAUUUAUUAUGCAGAAAAAUCUAAGCAACUGGACAUUUCUGCUGUGUGACCACCAACAGUAGAGGUCAUCUGGAAGACAUUUUCUCAAGUCCAAAAAUGGCGUUUAUUGGCCUGUCAAUCAUCGAGCAAAAAUUAACCUUGGGAGGCACAGAGCGAAGCACAUAUUUGAAUCUUUUUUUACUUAACAUAGAGGGUCAGAGUGGCUCUGUGCGACCAUUUCAUCUCCCCGCUUUUAUCUUUAUAGGCAAUAAUGGGAAUAAUUGAAGAAUCGAAACACAUUCCCAGACUUGUAUGGCGAUACAUAAAGCGAUUUUACACCGUAUGUAUGUGUUCAAAGACCUGCGUCCAUCUCUUUGCCACACAUUCCCAUUGGUGGCUUCCAAACCAACAUCUCAACAUGCUUCUUCUCUUCUUUUUUUUUUCUUUUUUUACCCCAACCACUCUUUUCUCUUCUUCAUCUUGAUCUCAGUCUUCGUCUCUCUGCCUCUUUGGGCAGGCAUCCAGGAGGCUGCUCACAGGAUUUCAUUAAAAAGAUGUUGAUGGAGCUCUCUCCCCGGGCUAAUAAAUGUGCUCCAGUCCAUUUGAGUGAGCAUUGUUAGGAAAUGGAUUACUGGAUUGGAGGAGUAAAGGAAAUAGGAGUGCAAAGUGAGAGAGAUUAGUUAUGAACAAUGCAGAAUUCAGGGGUGCUCUUUUUGAACGUUUUUUGGUAUUUGCUGCGCGUUAGCCAUGGAUUUAUGGUUUGUUGAACUUCAGCUGCUGUAUUGACUUUGACAUAUGUGCCACUGCCAUUUUACAUGACAAUACAUUAUUCAAGAUGUACCAGCAAAAUGUGUCUCAUUUUCGUCCUAAUCUUGUCACUUAGGUGUCACAAACUGUAUUGCAGCCUUUUAUUUUAUCAUUAUUUCAUGCACUUGGGGAAUUUUGUGUCAUCAUCCUUUUUAGCAAAGGGCUUUAUGUUGUUGUAAAGUCACGUCUUCUAUGUGGUCAUGAGUUUUUGUACAAUGUAUGUCGAUGUGUUUGUCUUCCUUAUAUUGUUCUACCUCUAGUUUUUGCUGUGCUAAAGCAUUUUAACACCAAACUGUGUGGCUGGUUCAGGACAAGUGUGACAGUAUUUGUGUUUGUUUAAACACUCAUUGAUUCUAAAAUAUUAGACGAUAGGGACGGACAUUUAUAGGCAAGCCAAGGCAAGUUUGUUUAUAGAGCACAUUGGUACACAAGGUAAUUCAAAGUGCUUUACAGAAAAGAAGGGUAAAAUCUCUUAAUAAAAUCAUUCCAUAAAAACAUAAAAUCAUUCUAAAAUCAUUACAUAAAAGUCCAUAAAUCAUUCCAUAAAACAAAAAACAAAAGUUCAAAAUGAACAGUGCAGAUGAAAUACUUUCAGUUGUCAAUCUAUACAGUUGAAGAGAAGUGUUUUCAGCCUGGAUUUGAACAUUGCCAAGGUUGAGGAUUGUCGCACACCUUCUGGAAGACUGUUCUAGAUUUUGGCAGCAUAAAACUGAAACGCAUCCUCACCGUGCUUGGUCCUGACUCUGGGCACACGCAGGAGCUCACUUCCUGAGCUUCUCAAAGCCUGAGAUGGUUUAUGUGGCUUUUGGCUUUAUGUGUAUUUUGGUGCAAGACCAUGAAAAGACUUGUACACAGGCAGAGCUGUGUCUUUUCUCUGGUCGACAGGAAGCCAGUGCAGAGACCUGAGUACUGGACUAAUAUGGUCAUAUCUCCUGGUUCUAGUCAGGACUCGAGCAGCAGCAUUCUGGAUGUACAGUUUUACUGCCCGUUUAGAGAGCCUGGUGAGAAGGCCGUUAUAGCAGUCUAGCCUACUGGAGACAAAGGCAUGGAUUAGUCUCUCUAAAUCUGGUUUAGACACUAUUCCCUUGAUUUUGGCAAUGUUUUUAGGUGGUAAAAAGCUGAUGAUGUUAUUGAUUUAAUGUGGCUGUUAAAAUUCAGAUCUGAGUCCAUUAUUACCCCUGGAUUUCUAACCUGAUCACUAAGUUUUAGAGAAAGCAUCUCAAGGUGCCCAUAACACUUCUCUUUGUUUCUGUGGGCCGAAGACAUUGAUUUCAGUUUUGUCUGAGAUUAGCUGGAGAAAGUUGUUUUGCAUCCACACACUGAUCUGUUUGAUGCAAUGACAAAGUAAAUCUGCAGGACCACGUUCACCAGCCGUCGUCUGCAUAGGACACAUUGCAGCCACGUAUUAGCUGGCCUAAAGGAAGCAUUUACAGAUUGAACAAUAGGGGUCCCAGGUUUGACCCCUGGGGAACCCCACAAGUCAUCACCAUUUCCUUUGAGACACAGUUACCAAUUCCAACAAAGUACUUCCUGUCCUCCAGAUAGGACUUGAACCAGUUUAGAGCAGUACCAGAGAUUCCCACCCAGUUUUGUAACUUCUUUAGAAGCUCACAUGGUCAUCUGUGUCAAAGGCAGUCCUUAGGUCUAGCAGAACUAAAAGUGAGACUUUGCCUGCAUCUGUGUUCAGACGGAUAUCAUUUAUCACCUUGAUCAGAGCUACAGUAUCUCUGUGCUGUGGUGGGGCCUACAGCCUGACUGGAAAGUAUCAAACACAUCGUUAGAGAGGAGAAAGUCAGCAAGCUGUUGGUGUACAACCUUUUCUAAGACUUUUGCCAAGAAUGGCAGGUUUGAUAUGGGCCGAUAUUUUUAUUUGGUACUGUGGCAUCAAGACUGCUCCUCUUUGGAAGAAGCUUAAUGACGGUAGUUUUUAGGGCCUUUGGACAUGUCCCAAUCUGCAAUGAGAUGUUAACUAGAUGAGUGAGUUGUGGUAACAAACUGCUCAGCACAGACUUUACAAAUCUAGUAGGUAACUCAUUAAGGCAGCGAAAUUAUGGGCUAAGACAGAUGACUUCAUUGUUUUUUGUUUGUUUAUUAUAGUAUUUUAAAUUGGAUGGGAGAAUCUUUCUCUGGAUGUUUCUCUUUAAACAGUAUCAACAUCAGUUGAGACAGGCUCAACAGCGCCAAGUAGUGCCCUCCAUUUUGCUUGAAUUGCUUCAAGACACGAUUCAUCAACAAUCAAUUCCACACACAAAGGAUUCUUAAGAAUCGUGCAUUCCGCAUUAUUGACUUGUUUCUUUAUUAAUAAACAAGACAGUCCUUCAUUUGGCCCAGCAGGUUUGCAGCAGUAGCGCUAGCUCAUUUCCACAUAUUCCAAUUUAACUGUAUAAAGUGAGAGUAUGUAGGGGCGGUGGUGUGUUGGAUCUCUUACGUUAAGGCAAACAAAAAGCUGGUUGUUUAUGUUUCAGCCAGCCCGCUGUAACGUACCCAAAGCUUUGGGGCUUCGCAGAGAACUCGUGUUUUUCUGUUGACACAAGGUCUGUUUUAAUUCCCAUCAUCACUUUCCCUCCAUCCAACUCAUUCCCUCUGGUAUUACCAUCACUUUCUACUGGGGAAAGAGUAAAAACCCUUUUUUUUAUUAUUUCCCUUUACCUCUUUUCUUGUAUGUGUGAACCGUUCAGCACUUUCUUGUUAUUAAAGCAGGUUUUUUGGCAGCACUAUCACUAGCCCACAGCAGUAAUUACUGAAGGGUUUGCAUUGCUGCCUGGGACUCUUGCCGCCUUGGAAAUGUUAUUACUUGUCAGCCUCUUUGGAGGCAUAUGGGGAGACAUUGUCGGGCCCAUUCCAGCUCGUAUCCCGGCAGGGUCCUGUGAUGUGAAACCUGCUAUUAAUAUGGAGCAAAGACAGGAGCAAGUCAGUAAGCAUACAUCAUUGGAAUUUGAGCAAACCAGUCACAAAAGUUUGUUUUU